GCACAUGCAUUUUUCUUGCAUUACUUCGUAAAUCUCUUUUUUCACUUGAUCUUUAAGGGGUCUUAUAGUGUAGAGCCAGCUUUCUUUACUUGAUAAGCUGAAUAUCUGAUCAUCUAUAAAGAAGCUGUUGAAUCAAAAUAAAAGUAUGGCUGCCAUGGAAAUUGAUUCAACAACAUGUGAGCAUGGGCUUAUGGGUCGGCUAUUUCACUGGGCCAAGGCUUUAUCUGGCAAGAUAAGGACAAAUAUGGAGGUGCUUAUAGAGAGAAUUAUGAAGCUGGCGAGAGAUGAUCCGAGGAGAGUUGUGCACUCUUUUAAAGUUGCACUAGCUCUCACAUUUGUGUCCUUGAUAUACUAUGUCAGGCCAUUGUAUGACGGCUUUGGUGUGGCGGGAAUCUGGGCCGUUUUAACCGUGGUCGUGAUUUUCGAAUUUACAGUAGGUGGAACCUUAUAUAAAGGUCUGAAUAGAGGAAUUGCGACGUUUUCAGCUGGCGGUCUCGGACUCGGAGCUAUUUACAUAGCAAGCCAUCUCGGAGAAGCCGAGCCUGUUUUUCUAGGAUUCAUGGUCUUCCUCCUCGCUGCGGUAUCAACAUUCAUAAGAUUUUUCCCGCAUAUAAAGAGGCGGUAUGACUACGGGGUGCUGAUAUUUAUACUAACAUUCAGCAUGGUAGCUGUCUCCGGUUCUCGAGUUGAAAAAAUCAUAGAGCUGGCGAACCAACGCCUAGUCACCAUCAUCAUCGGCGGUGCUGCCUGUAUGGUUGUAUCAAUAUUCCUUUGUCCAGUUUGGGCCGGUGAAGAUCUGCACAAACUUGUUGCUCUUAACAUGGAAAAGCUUGCCAACUUCUUAGAAGGAUUUGGAGGUGAAUACUUUAAACUUGAUGAGGAGGAAAGUUCUGGAGAGGCUGGUGUCUGUAGCAAAGACAAGCUGCUCUUUCUUAAUGGAUAUAAAAGUGUUCUUAAUAGCAAAGCAUCCGAAGAAUCCCUGGCUAAUUUGGCAUGGUGGGAACCAGGCCACGGGAGAUUCAGGUUUAGUCACCCGUGGAAGCAAUACUUGGAAACUGGGGGCCUGAUUAGGCAAUGCGCAUGUCAUAUUGAAGCUCUUAGUGGCCAUCUCAAUACCGAUAUCGAAGUACAGUCAGAAUUUCACAAAAGAAUCGCAGAGCCAUGCAUGAAAGUGUGCUCGGAAUCAGGCAAGGCUUUGAAAGAAUUAGCUUCCUCUUUACGAGCUAUGAAGCGUCCAUCUUCCUUUAGUGCACACAUCCAAAAUUGUAAGGCGGCCAUCGCUGAUCUUCGAGCUGCACUUGAAGCUUCUUCACCUGACAGCGCAAAUCUGGUGGAAAUGAUACCGUCCAUUGCAGUGGGAUCCCUACUAUGUGAUAUAAGCAAAUGCGUUGAGAAAAUCUCUGAGUCCAUUCAUGAACUUUCUGACAAGGCCAAUUUCGAAAGUGCAAAAUCAACCCAAUCUUCCCAUAUAAUUCACCGUGGUUCCGUAAAACCUCUAACCGGUGACACUAGACAUGGAAAUGAUGAUAAUUAUGUCCAUGUCGUCGUUAUUAAUGUAAAUAGUACUUCUUCCGGAGCUAGCUUGCCAUAGAAUAUAAUUUAUAUAUAUAACUAGUGUGAUACACACUUAAUAAAAUCCCAACGCUCUGUUUGUUGUUUAUUAUCAAAUGUGGAGAAGAUCAGUAGCUAGGGACUAGG